AUGCGUUUCUCGACUCUAGUCAGUCUCGCCGCAUGGGCGGCCGCAGCUCUCGCCUGCGACUCCUGCAGUGAGCCAGGCAAGCCAGCCGAGCAUAAAAGACUGGUGCGCCGCAUGCAGCCUGAAGCUCUGGGAGCGCUCACGAAACCCAAGGGACCUCUCGAAUGGGGCCAGAUCAACUUCUUGCACACUACCGAUACCCACGGAUGGCUCGAGGGCCAUCUGAAGGAGCAGAACUACGGCGCUGACUGGGGAGACUAUUCCUCGUUCGUCAAGCAUAUGAGACAAAAGGCUGACCGACUCCGAGUCGACCUGCUUCUCAUCGACUGCGGUGAUUUGCACGAUGGCAACGGAUUAAGUGACUCUACCUCGCCCAAUGGCGUCAUCUCCAACGAGAUCUUCUCCCGCGUCGACUACGACCUGCUUAGCAUCGGAAACCAUGAACUGUACGUGACUGAUGUCGCCUAUGAGACAUUUGCAAACUUCUCCAAGGUCUACGGCGAGAGAUACGUGACCAGCAACGUCCAGAUCAUCAACAAGGAGACCGGCGAGUACGAAUACAUUGGCAGCAAGUACCGCUACUUUACUACCAAGCAUGGUCUCAAGGUCAUGGCCUUUGGCGUCCUUUUCGAUUUCACUGGUAACUCCAACGUCUCUAAGGUCAUUAAAGCUGCAGAUCUUGUCCAGGAAUCCUGGUUUAUCGAUGCCGUCAAGACACCCAAACCCGUUGACCUUUUCAUCAUCUUCGGCCAUACACCUGCCCGCACUGAUGACAAAUUCCCAACCCUCCGCACUCUGCGUCAGAAAAUCCAGGAACUUCGCCCUGGUGUCCCAAUUCAGGCUUUUGGUGGACACAAUCACGUUCGAGACUUCGUUGUCUAUGACGAGACUUCUACUGCUCUCGGAUCCGGAAGAUACUGUGAGACCCUCGGAUGGCUAUCCAUGACUGGAAUCAAUUCUCGUACCUUCAGAGGUAGCAUGAAACCAAGAGGUGUUCCCAAUCCCACUCGUCGUGCCAUCAAGGGAAAUGCCACUACCUCUACCCAGCCGUACCAGCAUCCACGCAAGGGAUUGGACCUCCGCUAUGCCCGCCGUUAUCUCGACUGGAACCGCUUGACCUUUGCCUACCAUGCUUCUAAGUCUCAGGAUCGACAAUUUGACACUCAAAAGGGUCUGAAGAUUACGCACGACAUCACUGAUGCUCGCAAGCAGCUCAACACCUCUACCGUUCUGGGAUGCGUCCCUGAGACCUACUGCAUGUCCUGUGUUCCCUUUGAAGCUAAGAAUAACAUUUACCAGCUUGUUAUCGACAUGUUGGCCAAGGUUGUUGUCAAGGAGGAUCGCGCUGAUAAGCCAAGAUUGCUCCUCCUGAACACUGGCGGCGUCCGAUUCGACCUCGUCAAGGGCCCCUUCACUAAGGACGACGAGUACAUCGUCUAUCCCUUCAAGAAUCAGUUCCAAUACCUGCCUGAUGUACCGUACUCCAUUGCUAAGGAACUCCUGGAUGCCCUCAACAAGGGACCCUACCAGAGACGGUCCGAGGAAUACUCUCCCAUGGCCCCCCAGCUAAGCACUAAUGAGGUCUGCGCCAACCCUUCGCCUGAAUUCGUUCAGCUCAAGCGCCGCGAGGCUCCCCAGCCCUACAGGCCCAUCACCCGCCGCACCAUCGACUCCUCUAUGUUGUAUCCCGGCUACGUUACAUCUGAUGAUUUUGGUCUCGAUGGAGACGACACCCCACACUCCAAGAUCCCGUAUUUCAAGGUGCCCAUUGACAUCCAGGCAAACGCCUCUUUCCCUACUAAUGGCUCCAUGCCGACAGUUGUCGAUCUCGCCUUUGUAGACUAUAUCGGUGCCAAAUACGUGAUCCCAGCCCUUAACAAGCUUGGUGGCAAGUACUCUGCUAGCGAUAUCCAGAGUUACAAGGACUUUGGAUCAUCGAGCUUCUUGCGCGAGUAUGCUCUCGAGUUCUGGCAGGAGGGCCUGCCUAACUGCACUACCAACUAA